UUGAGACUUCAAAUGUCAAGUGUCAACUGAAAUUAUUUUGGUUGUAUAUCUGCAAUGGUUCAUUUAAUUGAAUUGUUUGUGUUUAUGUUCAGAAUAUAUUGAGAGAAGUUUUAAAUGUGGAUUGACUUUUGGAAAUCAUGACACACUAUUGGUGGAUGCAUUGGUUUUGGAUAACAAGCUGGAUUUCUUUAAUAAUGUGUAAAACAUCUUCCUCAAUUACACAUUCCAAUGGUACCACUCUACCUCCUUUUAACAUAAGUCAAAACUUGAAUUACUUAAAUGUAACAGGAGGCUUAACAAAUCCGCCCACAAGUUCAACCCCAACCGUCAGAGCGAAAAGCACCCCUGCCCUGAAAAACACUUCGUACGGUAAAUACAACAAAACGUCUCAAAGGAAAACUGAAUUUUUGUAUGUGAACACUACCACGAAGUAUACAAGAAAAGGAGACAGAGAUAAAGUCAAGGAGAAGUUCAAAGAAUCUGUGAUAAAUAUUAGUGAAAAAAUCACUGAUAACCAAAUCUUGAUAAAUAAUAGUUUUAAUGCAAUAAAUCGGAACGAUAAUCUAACCUAUUUCGAAACGGAUGUCAAUCUUAACCAGAGUUCAAUACAAACUUCCGAAAGCUUUGGAGCUGAAGAGGUGAAAGAACAUAUUAGUUUUUCUGAUAGUGAUUUAAGUGCAGCGGGAAUCACAGGAAUUACUUUAGGUUGUGUUGUUAUUGUGGGAAUAUUGUCUGGUAUUAGCUAUUUUAUAUAUAGAUAUCGAGGAUUCAACAGGCCUCAAGUACUUAAUGAUCGAUGCAGUAAUCCAGAUUCAAGCGGAUACCUCGAUGAUGCUUCAGUAAGAGAUAAUUCCGAAGAAAUGUACAGCUUAGAUAACGAUUCGUUCCUAAACAGUUUGGAAGCCAUGACAAUUCAAAAUUAUUGGACUGACACUGUCAAACACACAAAACUUUAGUUCCAGUUCCAGUUUAUAAAUUGCUGUAAAUAUAUUGACUUACUUCAAGUAUUUUAGAAACUGUGAUGCAUAUCAAUAGCUUCAAUGAUAGGACCAGUAAUAAGUUUAUGUGAAAAAACUAUUUUUAGUCUAAGAUUCUAGAUAAAUCUCCUGUUAUCAACAAUUUUGUCACUAUCUUCCAAAUUACUGCUAUUACAUAGAUUUUACUGUUAGCUAAAAGCCAUAAUGAACCCAGUCUACUUUCUUUUUAAGAAAUAAUUUUUAUAAGAAUUAAAUUAUUAAGCUUAAUAUAGCAAUGAUAAAUAUAUAAAUAUAUAGCGAUUAUAAAUUUGAUCAAUUACGACCUGAUAUUCAACAUCACUACAUCAACAAGAAAUAUCUUUACUGAUUGUUUCUCUUAAUUUAUGGGAAAAUUUUUCAAUAACAUGCUUGUUAAAAAUAUAUGCACAAAUACAACUACAUGUGUAUCAUAUACUCAAUAUACAAGGUGAUCCAGAAUUAUGUACAUCAAUUUCUUGAGCCGAUAAUACGCCUAAUAGUACUGUAUAUUAUUUUCUAAAACUCCUAAAAAAUGAAGAACAUACAAAUCCUUUAAAGAGAUGAAGCUUUGAAAGAUAAUAGGAUGAUCCAUUUCAUUUUAUCGCUUUCCCCAUACCAUAUAAUUACAGGGUUAGGAUAGGUCAGGAGUAAAAUGCAUUAUAUACCUUCGAGUUCACAUAAAUCAAAUAUAUGUGUGUCUAUAGAAUUAUAAGAGCAUCUUAUAGCAUAUGAAAAUAAUUAUUCUUAUAUCGUAACUUUCCAAUAAAAAAUAUGAACUCCAUAAUCAAAACCAUUUAGUAGACAUUUGAAAAAAUUGGGUUUUCUAGGUUCUCAAGUCAUCCCUUUCAAAGGUUGUUCUGCUUUAUUAUUCAGUUUUCGAAAAAAAUGUAUAUUUUUGAAUAGCUGUAAAAAUUGAUGUACAUGAUUCUGAACCACCUGGGAGUGAAAAAUCUUGGUUAUAUUAAUAACCUUUCUUUUGUCACUAAUUUUAUGACUAUUAAUGUUGACUUGUAAAGUAAAUAAUAAUUAUGUGAAUAUUUGGAAAUUCCACAAUGUUUUUCGAAACUAUUUCAGGAUUUAAAAUAAUUAUUGUUAAUUAUUCAUACAUGUAUGUAUUUACAUUUUAUAAUCUGGAGUUUAUCUAAAAUCUCAUUUUUUAGUGUACUAUAACUACUGAUUUCUACAUGUAGUAGAUUGUGAUUGUUUUUCCGUCUUUAUGUUAUGUGUAUAUUUUAAGAAAAAGUACAAAGCAGUAAAAUUCAUUUUUAAAAUAAAUAGGAUAUAACUUAUAAAUAAAACUAGGUCUAAUAAAUAUUCUUCCAUUAUGUGUUGAAUGUAGAAUAGAUUUAUGUGAAAUCAUAAUUCAUAUGGGUAGUAUACAGGUAGUUUCAAAAGUUAUUUGAACUUUUUGAUCACAAUAUUGAACACUAUAAUGCAAAAUAUCAUUAUGUUCAAUAAAACUAGACAUACAGAGUGAUUUAUGUAAAACUGUUUCAGAUAAUGUUUGAAUAAUUCUUAAUUUAUAAUUUGAAGGUAACAUCAUUAUUAGUACAACUACUUAAUUGAUAUGUUGACACAUUAUUGGGAAAGUAAUUGAUAAUUUUCUAUAACUUGAAUUAUAAUACUUGAAAAGUCUAUCCUACUUUGAGGGUUGUGAUUUACAGGCCUUGAUAUUUACUAUUAUUAGAGAUAUAAUAUCAGUUCCCACUUAUUCAGGAUUUCAAUAAGCCUGUAAAAUAUUUGUACAAGUACAGAAAGUAUAAAAAUAAGAACAUUUACAAAAAAACGGAAAUUAUUAUGUAUUCUGUUAACUUUUUUUUUUUGAAAAAGAAUAUGUUUUCAUAAUAUAUCACUUGCAAGUUUGUUGUUCUGUUACAUCAUAUUCCAUUCGCAUAUUAUGAGAGUUUAUUCUGUUUAUUAAUUAGAUUAGAAUUUUCUUUUUUUAUAUAACAGCAAUGAAAUAGGCAUAUCAGUAAAAUCACUCUUCAUUGGCUCAUAUUAAUUUAAUAUUUGAUAUAAUUGGAUCUGCACAUCGAGACAUUUAAUUCUGUUCUCUUCAUCUCUAAAUUCAAAAUCGUCAUUUUUAUAUCGAAAAUAUGUAGUUCUUUGUUGAUGGAAAGAGUGUUUGUAUGUUUAUAAUGAAAAUCAAGCAACAGUUUUUAUAAAGCUCUCUUGAAAAUGAAAUUUUUUCGCUAUGCGCUACUGCUGUUAGGAUUUGAAAAAAUAUUACGAGUUGGCACGGACCAGUGCCUAGUUUGUAUUAGAAUUAAUAGAAAAAACAAAAAUAAACUUUAAUAAACGAGAAUUUGAGGGUUGAUUGCUGAAGUUUAUAAUGAAUUUUUUCAAUUUUCGGCAGAACAUGAUUUUCGCUUCAACCCAUAACUUUCCGUUCUUUUUAAAGAUUUUUCCUAGCGUGUUAUUCGAUGUUUCUCGCGGUCUUCCAUUUUUCCUGGCAUUUCACUAUCCCAUUUUUUUUAACUAGCAUUGUAUUAUCCAUCCUUUGUAGAUGGCCCCACCUUCCUUGCUGCCUACUUUCUUUGCUGCAGCAAUUGUAUCUCUCUCUGUCAAUACUCAAAAUUCACAGCCGUAUGUGACAAUGGGCCUAAAUACUGCUUUGAAAACUUUCUUUUCUGUUUCUUUGGAGAUUCUUUUUUUAUGAGCCACUUGCUAAAUGCAUAGUAAAAUUUCUACGCCUUCUCUAUUUUAUUGUUUAUUUCUAAAUCAUCUCUUUCUGUCUAUUCCGACAAUAAUUCAUUUCACAUUUACCACUAUCAUAACUUUUAUUUUCUUUUUGUUCAUUUUAAUUCCGUUUUCUGUCAAUGUUUCAUUCUAGUUGAUUAUUAUAUCAACUGCAAAGGUGCAUUUCGAUAUAUUAAUGCGUUUAAGUUGUCGAAAUCCAAUAUAAAGUGAUUUAGUUUUCUUUUCUGUAAUUCAAAUUAAUUCAUCCAUAUAAGUUAUGAAUAGUAAUGAGCUCAGACUUCCUCUUUGUAGCACUUCUUAUGUUGGAAAUGUCUCUGAUUUUUUGUUUCUGCUUAUGACAUCGUGUCUCGUUUCUUCGUACAAACAUUUAGUUACUCUCGUUAAUUUGCUGCUAAUAUUUUUUGUAGGUUCGUUCGUAGGACUUUAUCGAAAGCUUUUUCCAUGUUUAAGAAUUUUUUUUCAUAUUAUUUCUUAUACAUAUGAUCUGCCAUUCCGAAAUUCACUUCGCAUCUCUUUCAAAGUUAGUUCUAUUUUAGCUCACAGUUUAUUUUCGAUUAUUUGUUCAAAAAACUUUAGCUGUGUACAUAACAGGGAUAUUCGAUAUUACCCUAUAACUAUUGUAGACUUUACUGUGUUCCUUUAUGUGCACUGAUAGUAUCAAGCCCAUUUCACAAUCUUCAGGGAUCUUUUCUUCUAUCCAUACUAUAUUUGAAAUUUCUAGUUUUUUCUCCCAUGUUCUUUAUCAUCUCGGUUGUGAUUUUAUCUUCUCUCGGGGCUCUUUGUUUUUCCAUUUCCUUGUAUGUUUUAUUGUCUGUAUCAAGCAGUCCUUCAAAAUAUCCUCUCCAGCGCUCCAUUAUAUUUAUUUCAUUUACCUUUCAAUAUUCUAUAGAACUGCUUCUGGUUUGUUCUACUGUCUAAUUCUAAUUUGUCUCCAAAUUCCUCCUAUUUUUGAUGUUUGGACUGCAAUAUCAAUUUUUUCACUUUUUUACUUUGUUAUUUGUAUUGCUCGUAACUUCUCUGCGUUGUUUGUCGUAGGUAUAUUUGCCACUUCAUCUUUUUAAUCUUAUCAUUAUAUUUGUGGGUUUAGUUUUACUUUAUCUGUUGUAGCUUGUACCUCUUUGCGUUGUUAUCUCUUCUACAAGUAGGUAAUGAUAACUGUUUAUUUCAUACCCACGUUUAACUGCGACGUCCUUUUUUUCGUUGUUAUUUCUAGUCUUUAUUGGGGUUCUAUUCGCUUUUUUACUCCCCUCAAAGACGCUGUAAUUCUCUCUUUUUCUUUUUUCCUCAUCCAUUAAACUAACCAUGUAUCUUCAAUACAUUUUUACCAAUCUGUGAUUUCAAAUCAAUAUUUUUAAAUUACUUAUCUUAUCACUUCGACCGCGCAGGCCGGUAAACUCAGACCUUGACCUUUAUCGGUAGUUAAUGCAUUUAUAUUUUUACUUCUCUUUAGUUACUAAUUAUUAUUAUUUUUAUUAUGUCCUCAAUCAACUAGUCUUACUUUUGUAGUUUUCUGGAUGUUUUAUACCACAGUAUAUCUUUGCACUGCACUUACUUAUACUUACUUUAUAUUUUAGUGUUUUAUUUGCUCGUAAUUCUCCAUAAAUUUGAAGUUUAUUAUGGAAUAAUAAUCCACAUAACAUUAUCAUUUAUUAUCCAAGACCGGAAUCAAACAAUAUAUGUUUCAAUAAUACUUCGAAUUUCUCCGACUCUCUAUGGUAUUUACAUACAUUUUCAGCUGUUUGUAAUCUUGAGUGAUUUAAUAAACCAAUGAACAUGCUAAUGUACAAAAUCAGCCUGGGCUGUGUAUGAACUUGAAAAAUCCAAUUUUGUUCUUUAUAUAUAAAACGGUAAAUAUUUUGAAAAUGUUUUGAAGUUGUUUUUCAGUUUCUAAAAGAAAAAAUGUUUAAUAUACAAAUUUUAUGUAAUACAUUUUACACUAUAAGGUCAUGUUCUGAUCAAAAUCGUAAGAAUUCAUUUUUAAGCCCUGAAAACCAUCACCAUUCCACAUUUUCUUAUUUUUUGUUUUUAUUUAUAUUAUAAUUUGAAUAAAAUGAUGCUACUGGUCCAUGUCUGAACAACUUUUUUGUUUUAAAAAUCCUAAUUAUUUAUAAGUUUUAGAUAAGGGGAAAAGAGUCUUUUACAUAAAAAGUUUCAAAUGCAACUAAAUAGAAAAAUUCUAGGUAUAUAUAAUUCAAAGAACAUGAGAGAUUUACAUUCAUAUAUACGAGAAGAAUUACAUCAGAAAGAUGUUUACUUAAUGCACUAUUACUCCUUUGUUAGAUUUAGUUUUGUAAGUGAAAUGUUAAAAAGAAUAACGUCACUACACUUGUUUCCUUUUAAAUUCAAAAUUAUUGCACAAAAUUCUAUGUAAAAUUUUAACAGAUAUUAAUGGCUUCUAGUAGUACCUUUUACAUAAAUUUUGGUAUAUUCUAUGAAUCUUAAUAUUAACAAAUAAAGAAUAUAUUAUGUAUAUAAGAAAUCCAUUCUUAGAGCAACAUUCUUUCUCUGCACAUUUAUGAUAAACCUGCUUUUUACAUGACCAGAAUAUUAUGUAUUUAACAAGAAUACACACAGAUGAAUAUUCAUACUUAAUUAUAUGUGGAAUAUAUAUGAGACUUACUGUAUAUUCUUUGUAUACAUAUUAUAUCCUGUGUUAUCUGGGCAGAAAUUUCAGACAGCCACCUAGGAAGUCUUAAGAAAUUUGUUUAAAAUUGAAAAAAAAAGAUCAUAAAGUUUGUUUUUGAUCUAUAUAAGAGGAUGAAAGUAUCUUUUCCAGGAAGAUGAUCGCUUGACUCAAUGGGAUAUGUACGUCCUGCAAGGAAUCAUCUGGGCACUUUUUGUUUUUAGAAUCUUCGAAAAAAAAAACUUUACUUCAAAUUCAAAGAAUACAUAAAAGUUCAUUUCUGUCAAGUUGAAGAUUUCAAACAACAAAUGUGUGAUUAACAUUCAUUUCCCAUUUUAAAACAGCUUUAAGUAAAUAUAUUCUUUGAAUUACUUAUAUUUCUGUUAUCACGAAGGUACAUGCGAUUAUUUACAACGAAUUAACACAGAACCGAAAUCAGCAAUCACCGCCAAAUCGGUUUUUGAAAAAAUCAUUGUGGCGCAGAGUAUGAAUGUGGCAAUGGAAAUCACAUCUAUUAAACAAGCUCCUACUAGAUUUUGCUUUAAGGCUUUUGAAUCGACCAGUCAGCUAACAUUAUCUUUUUUAUUUGAUGGAAGUUUAAAAUAAAAAAAAUUAUAAUUCAAAAGUGAAAGUAUAAGCAUUUUUUAGUUGGAGCUUAAAAUAGUUCCAAUAUACAAUUUCUAAUAUUUGAAUAUUGAUAAUAUUGUAAUCUAACAUCACUGACUUGAUAUUUAUUUUAUUUAUCAAUUUGUACUAAUAAUCUAGCUUAUUUGGAAACGGCCUGUAUUCACUUAAUGUGAAUUCCACUAAUGUGCAAUACUGAUUAUUACAAAAAUUACUUAAUCCUGUAAUUAAACACGAAAUACAAUUGUUUUGCAAACAU